UCCUGUAUAUUUCCUGUGUUCGGUAUAGGGAUGGAAUGUCGUGCUACGUCAGCCGAACGAAUUUCGAUGGGACCAGGUUUUCCACAUUCAGGAAUGGCUCCACGCUCUCGUCUCAAUGGCACCUUGUUGAGACGUUUCCGAGGUACUAAGUCCUUAAACCCGCGUCCAGGCCGCUCGAGCUCUCCAGCUCCUUCGUCCCGAGACGAACACCGUCCUCGUCUUCCCAUCCGUCGCCCCGUCGCAGAAUCCCUGUUGCCAUCCGUGGACUCCCUUCUGCAUUACCAAAGCCUUUACAUGCUCUCGGAGGCCCUGGCCGUGGUGGUACUGGAUCCAAAUUUUUGGAACGGCAAAACGUUACGGGUCGUGUCCAGUGUGAAUAGUGUAUUAGAGUCUCCCAUUUGUUCAGCCGUAGUAAAGAUAAAAAUAAUUUCAGCAUUUAAAUGAUCAACCCAACAAAUGAUUUAAUUUUUUUCAGCAAAUUGGGACAGGUUCCCCUAGUUUAUUAUAUACCCCUGAUGUUGAAUGCUUGAUUGUAAAAACUCACUUUUUUAUAUUCGUAAUUCUAAAUUGUUUUCAGCUAACAAAAACUUCUUAAACGUUUCUAUGUACUCCUGUGUAUCUUUGUACUUGAAAACCACGAUGUCGCCCAUGUUUACAACAACUUUAUUGUCUUUAAUUAAAUCAUCUAAUAACUUGUUAACGAACCUUUGAAAGACCCAUUGGCAUUCUGAGGAACUCGCAUUGUCCUAAAGCUGUCACGAAAAUUGAUAUGAUGGAAUACUUAAAAUACUUAAAUAAAAUAUAAAAAGAAAUUAAAAUAUAUAUAUACAUAGGUGCCACAAACUGUCAAACUGUUCUCGUUUUUACAUAGGUUCAGCAUAGGAUUGUAGUGGUGCCAAAAAAUUUAGUUAUUGUUGCGUUUCAGUUUCG